AUGAUGAAAAAACUCCAUGAUCGUGUGAAUGUAAUCCCGGUAAUUGCGAAAGCUGAUACGUUAACCGAAAGCGAGCUUUCGCAUUUCAAGAAACAGAUAAUCAAAGAAAUUGAUGAAAAUAACAUCAAACUGUACAAAUUUCCUGAUACGGAAGAUGAUGAUGAAAAACGCCAGUUUGGGCCGUUGCGUGAACGAUUUCCUUUUGCAGUUGUUGGUAGCAACCAGGUUCGUGAAAUAAAUGGGCGUCGAUUUCGAGUACGCGACUACAGUUGGGGAACUGUUGAAGUGGAAAAUUUGCAGCACAACGACUUUAUUGCUUUAAGAGAUACUGUAAUUAGGUAUUACAUCUUCAAUUAUGUCAUGAAUUUGAGGUAA